CCUAACCUGCUGUGUUGGGCGGUGUGGCAUCGGUAGCCAAUCACCACUCACCCGCCGGGGGGACUGACAACAUAACUAAUCCAAUGAACGUCCUGUCUUCGCGAAAGUGGACUUCAUCUUUCGGAUCUCUGCCAAUGACAGACGAAUUUCAGUUGAUGAACAUGUGGCUGGACCAAUCGACUGGGCGAAUAGCGGGACCUGAGAGCACCGCUACACCAAUAAAGAACCAGCAUCCAGAGGCUGGCGGGGAGGGAGAGAGUGCGUGCUGGUAGGCGGGGCUCGAUUGGGAGUAGCGUGGUUCUGAGCCAAUCGGUAUCUGCGUAUCCGGGGCAACAGGCCAAUGAGGGAGCCGGCUAGGCGGCGGCGGCUGCCUGUGAAAGUGUGGAGCUGCUGCAGAGGGAAGAGAGAAGAUGAGAGAGGAGCAAAAACAGCACCCGAGCCUGGUGCCCCGCAACCCCGGCACCACAGCCUGAAUCGCCUCCCCCUAAAUCCGGCCCUGGGGUUGGUUACUAGUGCAGAAGCACAGCAAUAUGGCCAAUCAGUGCAACUACUGGCAGAUUCAACACGGACCAUCAUCACUGCAGGCAGCAUAAAAGAGAAGUGUUAGGAGCUGCUCUUAACCCUUUUGGAGUUGGAAGAGAAAAGGGAACUAGAGGGCUUGACUUCUCCUUUACCUCCUGCAUUUACUCUGACCACAGUCCCUCCCUGUUCUCACAAGUGGAGCUCAGCCCUGCUUCCCUUCCUGUUGAUUCCCAGUCAGCUACAUGACUGCCUGAAGUUACAUUUUAGAUGCUGAAAUCACUGCACCUUAAAAACAAAAAGAUUAAGCUGCACUGCAUUCCUCAGGCCGAGCUGACUCACUGCUGUUGACUCCAUGACCUGCUUCCCAUUUCAACCUCCACCUGUUUAAAAAGUUUGCUAGCUGACAUUAUAUCCCCUGGGAUCAUCUGAGCAGUGGACCAGCAAAAAACAAACCAAAAGCAGUGGCUGGCACUUUUCCUCUACGGUGCGAGAGAGAGAGAAUUGGCUGGAAUUGCUUUCCAUAUAGCCGGCUUGACAUGCAGCAUUGAAAAGAUCCUUGAAGAUCAGUUUGUGCUCUUCUCCUGAAAGAACCUUUUCUGUGUUUCAUAUGAGGAAACUGAGGCACAGCGAGUUUUGAGUGACUUGUCUAAAUUCAUACAGCAAAUCGUUGGCAGAGCCGGGAAGAUAACUUGGGAAUCCUGGAUCACAGGCCCAUGCUCUAACCACUAGGAAACACUGCCUCUCCAAAUUACAGACACAGCCUCUCUCUGUCCCCUGCCCCAAUGAAUGUCUGCACUAGGGCCAAGGCUUGGAGUGAUUUACCUGAAGAGUAACACCAUUUGGAAACCACUGAAGAAACCCAAGACAGCUGAAAACCAGAAGGCGUCUGAGGAGAAUGAGAUUACUCAGACGGGUGCAUCCAGCGCCAAGCCAGGCCUUCCCUGCCUGAACCUUGAAGCUGUUCCGCCUCUGAGCCCAGCCCUCACCCACUCAUCACAGUCACCAACAAACCUGCCCGCACACACAGGGUCAUCUGAUUGUAACAUCAGUUGCAAGGGGAUGACAGAGCGCAUUCACAGCAUCAACCUUCACAACUUCAGCAAUUCUGUGCUCGAGACCCUCAACGAGCAGCGCAACCGUGGCCACUUCUGUGACGUGACGGUCCGCAUCCACGGGAGCAUGCUACGCGCCCACCGCUGCGUGCUGGCGGCUGGCAGCCCCUUCUUCCAGGACAAGCUGCUGCUGGGGUACAGUGACAUCGAGAUCCCCUCAGUGGUGUCGGUCCAGUCCGUGCAAAAGCUCAUUGACUUCAUGUACAGUGGGGUGCUGCGGGUCUCACAGUCAGAGGCCCUGCAGAUCCUCACAGCUGCCAGCAUCCUGCAGAUCAAGACUGUGAUUGACGAAUGCACAAGGAUCGUCUCGCAGAAUGUGGGGGAGGUCUACCCAGUGAUUCAGGACUCUGGGCAGGAGACGCCCAGGGGGACCCCCGAAUCGGGCACCUCAGGGCAGAGCAGUGACACGGAGUCUGGCUACCUGCAGAGCCACUCGCAGCACAGCGUGGACAGGAUCUACUCAGCUCUCUAUGCCUGUUCCAUGCAGAAUGGCAGUGGGGAGCGCUCCUUCUACAGUGGAGCAGUGGUCAGCCAUCAUGAAACGGCCCUGGGGCUCCCCAGAGACCAUCACAUGGAAGACCCCAGCUGGAUUACACGGAUCCACGAGCGCUCACAGCAGAUGGAGCGGUACCUCUCCACCACUCCAGAGACCACACACUGCCGCAAGCAACCACGUCCGGUCCGGAUCCAGACCUUGGUGGGCAACAUCCACAUCAAACAGGAGAUGGAGGAUGACUAUGACUACUAUGGCCAGCAGAGGGUGCAGAUCCUGGAGCGUAAUGAGUCUGAGGAAUGCACUGAGGACACUGACCAAGCCGAAGGCACUGAGAGUGAGCCCAAGGGGGAGAGUUUUGACUCUGGAGUCAGUUCCUCCAUUGGGACUGAGCCUGAUUCCAUGGAGCAGCAGUUCAUGGCUAACCUGGGCCGAGAGGGUCAGCAGGAACCUUCCCAAGCAGAGCAAAAUGAAGUCCCUGCUGAAGGCACACAGACCCAUCCGCAGCACCUCGAUGCCAACACUUCCUCGCCGGACAGAAGCAAUGACAUUGAAAUGGACAGCAAAGUGCUCACUGUCAGUAACAACAGCGAAAAGGGGGCCUUGCAGCCUUCUGUCAACACAACAGUUGCUCAACCAUUGCCAAGCACCCAGCUCUACUUACGCCAGACAGAAACCCUCACCAGCAAUCUGAGGAUGCCGCUGACCCUGACCAGCAACACACAAGUCAUUGGCACAGCUGGCAACACCUACCUGCCCGCCCUCUUUACCACACAAUCUGCUGGCAGUGGACCUAAACCUUUCCUUUUCAGCCUGCCCCAGCCCUUAGCUGGCCAACAGACACAGUUUGUGACAGUGACCCAGCCUGGCCUAUCAACCUUUACUGCCCAGCUGCCAGCCCCACAGCCCUUGGCCCCAUCUGCGGGCCACAGCACAGCAGGUGGACAGGGUGAAAAAAAGCCUUACGAGUGCACUCUCUGCAACAAGACUUUCACCGCCAAACAGAACUACGUCAAGCACAUGUUUGUACACACAGGUGAGAAGCCCCACCAAUGCAGCAUCUGUUGGCGCUCCUUCUCCUUAAAGGAUUACCUAAUCAAACACAUGGUGACGCACACCGGCGUGAGGGCCUACCAGUGCAGCAUCUGCAACAAGCGCUUCACCCAGAAGAGCUCCCUCAACGUGCACAUGCGCCUCCACCGUGGGGAGAAGUCCUACGAGUGCUACAUCUGCAAGAAGAAGUUUUCCCACAAGACCCUUCUGGAGAGGCAUGUGGCUCUGCACAGUGCCACCAACGGCACGGCCGGCGCAGCAGGCACUGGUAGCAGGGCUGUCCCUGCCGGGGUGGUGGCCUGCACAGAGGGGACCACGUACGUCUGCUCUGUCUGUCCAGCUAAGUUUGACCAAAUCGAGCAUUUCAACGACCACAUGAGGAUGCAUGUGUCAGACGGAUAAGUAGAAUCUCUGUCUCUUUGUUAUGAACAAAAAACAAAAUAGAAACAACAACAAAAAAGCUAUGGCACUAGAAUUUAAGAAAUGUUUUUGUUUCCUUUUUACCUUUUUCUUUCUUCCUUUUUUUUCUUUAU